AUGAAAUUGUUUAAAAACUUCUUUACUCUCAUUUUUAUCAUCUCCCUAACUAUAGGCAUCUUAGUUGGAGCUCCAAAUAAGGAAAAAAAACUUGAAAAAAAGAAAAAGAGUGGAAAAAGUAAUGAUUUAAAAGUUGAUGGUUCUAUUUCAUCUGGUAGUGACAAUAAGGUUGCUGUCAAUGACAUGAUUGGACAAAAAAAAUAUACCCCCGACAAACCUCAUCACCAUAAACAUUCUAAAAAAGAAAAAAAGAUUAAGAAAGAUAAAAAGAUUAAAAAAAAUGAGGAUCAUAGUAAGAAUAAAGAAAAAAAAAAUAAGAAAAAAUGUAAUUGCAAAAAUAAAAAGAAAUCUGAAAGUAGAUCAAAAAAUGGUAGAAAGAUAGAUUGA